AUGUCUCCAGUUGGAAAGCCACACCCAAAGGAUAAAUUCACACCAUCCGAAGAUGAGAAGCUUAAGCUUCUUGUUAAAGUUCUUGGUGUUUCAAAUUGGAAGAAAGUUAGUGAGUACAUGGUUACAAGAAAUGCUCGUCAAUGCAGAGAUCGUUAUAAAAACUACCUUGCUCCACAUCUUAAUAGCAGCCCAUGGUGCAAGGAAGAUGACGAGAAGUUAUUAAAUCUCGUUGAACAACAUGGCAGAAAGUGGUCCUUAAUCGCUAAGGAGUUCACAGGCCGUACAGAUAUUAAUAUUAAGAGUCGUUAUGCUCUCUUAAUGAGACAAGAAGAAAGGGACAGACAUAAACACGAGUCUGAACCAGAGUUCGUUCAUGAGAUUGAAGCACAACCACUCUAUUCUCAGAAUAUUAUCGAAGACUUCACCCAACCACCAAUGAUGGAUGAUGGUCUCAUCAAUUUUGAUUACGGAGAUAUUCAACAGUUUGAUUUUGAUCUCUGA